GGCCAUGGCCCCCACCCACCACCUCCUCCUCAUCCUCCUGCUCCUGGUGGCCCUGCAUGCCAGGGCUGCCAGGACAGCUCCGUGGAAAGCGUGGGGAACAGGUAAGUGGGGGACGGCUCGUGCAGCCUUUCACGGGCCAGAGGGCUCUUCUCCCCAGGAAGCGUGGAGGAUGAUUUUCUCCCUCCAGUGCUUUAGCAAGGGCUUCCUCUCUCUCUGUGUGAGCUCUCCCGGUCAGAAAGCCCCGAGGGGCCGUAUGUUGGUCCAUCUGCUCCUAGAGGUGCUGCACAUGGCCUGGAAAGAGUGUUUGCAGAGGUGCCCUGUCGUUACGAGGGGCCCCUUUCCAGUGCCUGCAGUUCCCUAAGGCAGGCGGGGAUCCCAACAUGCAAUGGAAAUGUUUCACAUCUGUGUCUGCUUCUAGAUGAGGCUGGUGGCAAUGGUUACAAGGCUUCUCAACUCAAUGGUGACUGGGAAUCUUUGGGCCAUCCUGGAGGUAAGUUCUCAAUGUCCAUUUUGUUGAAAGAGUGAACACUGACAACUUGGCAAGAGUUUAUUCACGUGCAGAUCUCCUGAAGACCCCCUCACUGUCCACGGCUUCCCAAUGUCUUUAUCUAGUAUUCCUGUCCUCCAGCCUGAGAGCAAUCUCACGGCCGUGCCUGUAGGCGCAGGUGAUGCAGCUUGGCAGCUGGGUUCCAGGACGGCGACUGCGGGAGAUGGCACGGAGACAGACCCAGAGGCUGUGCAGGAGUCGGCGUUUCCAGGAGGAAGCAGUGGCUCACGGCCCGCCUCUGCCUCAGCAAGGGAGGCGAUGCAAGCCCCCCGCAUGCCAGUGCUGUCAAGGUUUGGGGAACAUCAACGUGGCAAAGUGUAUGAAUUUCCUCAAACAAACUCAGGUGCGGUCGGCGAGACAAGCCCCACUGUGUCCCGUCCCCAGAACAUCCCAAGUGUUCUCUGUCCGCAAGAUGUGCGGAAGGGCUGCAUGAUCGGCACAGUGGUAAUCGUGAUUUUCGUGCCACUUGCACUGCUGCUGUGCUACGUCUUCGUCCGGCAGCGGAGUAAGAGCAAAGAACAUGCCCCUGCACCUUGGGGACACCGGCUGGAAACCAGCGGGUACCCCCUGCGCUCGGUCAGCCCCACCAGCCACCCCGGCAUCGCUGGCAGCUGGGACCAACGCCAGCAGCUGCAGCCCCCGCCUGAAACACCGGCACGUCCACCCUCCAGACGGGACUCCCUGCCACCUCCACCACCACCGCCGCCAACCCCUCUUGCCCCCAGCCCAACACUGGCCGCCUCAGUGCCUCAAAAUGGGCCCAGCUCCCCCAAACCCCAACCCAGACGUCCUCCCCGUCCCCCAAGGCCACAGGUCCAGCCCUCUGACGAGGGCUGAAUGCGGCUCUGCCAGGGUAGGGGUUGAGGGUGGGGAGACAGAGCCCCCCACCCAGAGCUUCGGGGGGCAGCCCUUUCACCCCCCCCAUGAAGAGGGACAGAGUCGGUGCACAAGCGUCCACAUGGCCCUAACAGCCAAACCCCACGAGGCACCAAGCACUGGCUCAUCUCCACGCCCAGCUGCGGCUGUGGAUAUGCCCACUAUGUCCACUCGCGGUGGAGGCAGGCAGGAGCCACGCACGGGGGGCUCCUCUGACUGGCAUGCACAGCCCCCGUGAGCUGGGGAAGCGUUCCCCUCACUCCCCCCAGGCACGCAAUAAAGUUACUGUAAGCAGAA